UCCAAUAUGGCUACCCGACAUUUCAACAAGCGGUAACUUUUCCAAUGAAGUAAUCGCUUUGUUUGAGACCCCUAAAUCCUACAAAAUGUUCAUCGGAAGUCUUGUAGCAUCCAGAUUUUUAGGUCUCAUUGCACACUUUGUAGUUACUGUGGUGAUAUUUCUAUCCAAGGACGCAAAUGUUAAAGCUUGCCUGCCUCUUCAGUAUACAGAAAGCGAAUUUUCAUCUAAGGACAAAGAGUUGAUUGUGGGUUUGUCUCUCACUCUGGUGUUUCUUGGCUUAGAGUUUGGUGGAUUUAUUGGGGGUUGCUCCAUGUUUAAUGGUACUGCUGGGAUUCUCUCCAUUGCAGCUCAUUCAAGUGCAGCAAUUUCUCUCUCCAUGUUUGUUCUUGAGGAAUGGGACUGUGAUAAGUUUUGGUACAUUUUUGGAUUCUGUAGUGCUUUCCCAGCUGUUAUGGAAACAUGUGUUUUGAUAAGUGUCUUGAUGUUUCGAGCUGACAGAUAACUAACAGUUUUUAUAAUAAUAAGGAGCAGGUUGCUUUAUUCUUCAACUUUUCUCUUCUCUGUGAUGAAAGACAUCCACAGUUGCAAUUAUUGUGGAAAGAUCUACAGGUCUGGCACAGUAGAAGAUAGUUUACUGAGAGGAGAAAAUUAAGAAGAAUUUAUUUAACCCUUACAAAGAGCUUGAGGUUGAACAUUUCACCAACAGCAGAUUUGUGUCUUUCCAUCAUCAGCUUUUGUAAUGUAAUAUAGUUUGUUAAUAUAAAGUUAGUUAGCUAGUUAGUUCCCAGUAUUGCCUGACCCACUACUACAACUAAUAAUAAUUAUAUAUUUAUCAAUUAGAGCUUGCAGUUGUGGUUAAAUAGUUAAAAGUUGUGAAUAAUAAGUUUAUUUGAUUCAAGAUGGCUUGGCUUUAAAUUUACAUUUUUUUAGUAAGUUCAACACAAAAUGUAUCA